GUAGUCAAAGAUUUCAGAUAGGCGGAGUAGUAGUUUGUAGGAGGUGAUUAUGUGUGUCUUUCCGCAUUUUCCCGGAUUUCAUCCUCGGUGAUCUCAUUUCACCGUGUGUACUUUCGCACGAUUCUAACCUCCCACCUGGCUGAAAAGGAGGAAAAUAAAGUCAGUCAUAUAUCCCCAGCUUUGUUCUCCCAAGGCUUUCUCAUUAUUAACGUUACCUUUCACGACAUAUGCUAGUCUAACUAGGCUAUACCGCCUCGUCCACAUGCAUUGGAGUCCUGGGCCCCGGCGUACCGGCUCCAGCCAUGUCGGCGAGGAAUGCAGCAGUGGGCGACGGUGACAGAGCAUCGGAUGAACAGUCAGGGGAUGUGUUGGAGGAGGAGCUCCAAAGCCAUUCUCUUUCUGUGUCAGGCCUGGUGACCCCCAGCUCUGCUGCUGCCAUGGCCUCUGGCAUGGACAUGACCAGGAAACGCAAGGGCAGCGUGGACAACCAGGAAAUUAAAUCUGCAAUGGAUGAGGACAUGGAUGACGACCAGGACAGGUCCGAGGGGGAUGACCAGCAUGUGAAGAUCAAGUGUUUCAGGGAGCCGCACAGUCAGAUCGAGAAGCGGCGACGGGACAAGAUGAACAACCUGAUUGAUGAGCUGUCGGGCAUGAUCCCUUCCUGUAACCCCAUGGCGCGCAAGUUAGACAAGCUCACCGUGCUGCGUUUGGCAGUGCAGCACCUCAAAUCUCUAAAAGGUACCACCAGCUCCUUUGCCGAAGCCAAUUACAAGCCUUCAUUCCUGCCUGAUGACGAGCUCAAGCACCUUGUACUCAGGGCUGCUGAUGGCUUCCUCUUUGUGGUCGGCUGUGAUCGUGGAAAAAUUGUCUUUGUCUCAGAGUCCGUCUCGAAGAUACUGAAUUACAGUCGGACGGAGCUGAUUGGACAGAGUCUGUUGGACUACAUUCACCCAAAGGACAUUGGGAAGGUGAAGGAGCAGCUGUCCGCCUCUGAGCUCUACCCCCGUGAGAAACUCAUCGAUGCCAAAACGGGGCUGCAGGUGCAGGCAGACUUGCCCGUGGGCGCGGCACGCUUCUGCUCGGGGGCCCGGCGCUCCUUCUUCUGCAGGAUGAAGUACAACCGGAUCACUGUCAAGCUGGAGGAGAAGGACUUCCCCUCAAGCUCCUGCAAAAAGAAAGAAUCCCAGAGAUACUGCACGGUCCAUUGCACAGGCUACAUGCGCACGUGGCCCAUGAGCCAGCUGGGCCUGGAGGAGGCCGAGGCCGACAAGGAGAGCUCCCACUUCAGCUGCCUGGUGGCUGUGGGCCGCGUGCAUCCCCACUCCACGCCACAGCUUAACGGAGAGAUCAAGGUUAAGCCCACAGAGUUCAUCACGCGCUGCGCCAUGGAUGGAAAGUUCACCUACGUGGAUCAACGAGCAACCACCAUUCUGGGCUAUCUGCCUCAGGAGCUGCUGGGAACAUCAUGCUAUGAGUACUUCCAUCAAGAUGACUUGCCCCACUUAGCAGAUAGACAUCGAAAAGUUCUGAGGACUAAAGAGAAGAUUGAAACAAAUUGCUACAAGUUCAAAACGAAAUAUGGAUCUUUUGUCAACUUACAAAGUCAGUGGUUUAGUUUUAUAAAUCCCUGGACCAAAGAAGUAGAGUACAUAGUAUCUACAAAUACUGUCAUAUCUGGUAAGAGUAGUGCCAGUGGGUCAGGGGCCAAGUCAGAGCCACCAAGCAACCCCAGGACCUCUGAGGAUUAUUCUAAGAAGGCCCUUCCAAUCAUCCCUGGCAUCGCCUCAACUCCAGGAACCAUGAUCUAUGCCGGAAGCAUCGGGACCCAGAUCGCCAAUGAGCUGCUGGACUUCAACAGGAUGAACUCCUCGCCAUCCAGUGGGAAUGCGAGCCCCUUCGGUUUGCUGCAGGACAAAUCCCCACUGGCCAACACUCAAACCAGCAACAACGUGACAAAUGGGGAAGUGGCAGACAUGGAGAUAGCGGGCAAGUCCACCUCUGAGGACGAAACGAGAAACACACCGUUUAGUGGAGGCGACUCUCUAAUGGAGGGGAGCUCCCAGCUGGACCUGGACGGGGUCGGGGUGGCAGGCCUGGGGAACCUGAGCAGUGACGAGGCGGCCAUGGCGGUCAUCAUGAGCCUGCUGGAGACGGACGCCAACCUGGGCGAGGCCAUGGACUUUGAUGACAUGCACUGGUCUCUGUGACGUCCUAGCACUAGGCUCCAGUUUUCAAAGAAUAUCUGCCUAUUUCACUUAAAAAUGACUCUAUGAUCUCUGCAUCUACACGAGGCAUCAGGUGUCCCCCUGAAUAUUCUUUAUUUGUUGUUGUUUUUUUGUUGUUGUUUUAUACAUAAUUUAUUGGGUUCUUAAUUUCCCCUCUGGACACACUGUCACCCCGUGGUGGUGACUGGGGACUAAAGCCCAGUAAUAUCCUCUUCCAGCUCUGGUGGGUUUCCUGCUGAUAGGACAGAGUGGUGAUGACCUCCUGACCUCUCACACCUGGAGGAAAUGGUCAUAAGGCCAAGUGCCUGAUUGGGUACUGGAGGAAUUUAAGCUACCCGCCUUUACCAGACUGUUUAGCAGUAGUCUCUACCUGAUGUCAGAGGUCAUUCAGCUGAUGUGGAGGUUCUGGUUUCCUCUCGUGGAGUAGUCUACACUUGAAGCAUGGAUGUGAUCAAGCAAAAACGCACUGAAUGGUAGAUUUUGGAAGGCUCCUACUUCCUUAAGGGAUAGCAAGGAAAUAUUGUGUGUUUAUUGCAAAGUGCAUAGGGCAACCGUGUGUGUGUUUGUGUGUGUGUGUGUGUGUGUGUGGGUGGGUGGGUGGGUGUGUGUGUGUGUCUUAGGUAAUGACAGGGCUUGUAGCCAUAGAGAUUGGAGCAGUUGUGUUAACGUUUGUUAUCAAGUAUUUGAACCAUAUAGGAUUUGUUCCCAUUUUGUUAAGGGAAAUUUACAAAAAAAGAAAUAUAUAUUGUAUCCCCCAUGACUGAUAAACGCUGUGAUUUUAAUACUACCCUUAAAAAAUGGGUGCAAAUACUUGGUAGGCCUUGAACAUUACUCUUGAAAUGAAUGAAUGAAUGAAUGAAUGGAUGGAUGGAUGGAUGGAUGGAUGGGUGAGUAUGUGGUUUAUAACUGGCCCCAUGCUUCUGUCCACUACACUUGAAUUUAGUUUGUUGGUAAAGUCGGUCAAGGAACCUCCCCUGACGCCACAGACACCUCUUCUGCCCUCCAGCUGUGCACCAGAUCCCCAGCCAGAGGACAACCCAGGGCACUGAAUGCAGAGAGCUGCGAGGAUGAGGACGAUAUCUACGCUGUUGAAGAACAAUCACGGAGGACAAGUUUUGACACAUUUGUCAUUCCAGCUGAGGUCACUUCUCAGGGAGCAAUGCAAUGGAGACCCCUCAACCCCCCCCCCCCCCC